AUGGGAGAACGAACGAAUAUGGGGAACUGCUUACCGUUACUGUUCCCGAACUUAUUGCGUAGUGACGAUCACUCUCCAUUGGAAGAAGUCAUUGAUACUACUAGCGGCAGCAGUACCAUGAUGAGACAUCCCGAUUCAGAGGUACAAAGUGUAUACACGAAUGAACUUUGGAACAACGAAAGAAGGCGGCAAGAAUUGUCGAUGAAAGAUCCUAAAAAGGCGCACGUGUCAGCCCUGCUGGAACAGAUUCCUGCUGAUACGUAUAAGAUAGAAGCAAAAAUGAGAGAUAUCGAAUGCCCAAUUUGUAUGGGGGAUUUCGUUGAUGGCGAUCUGAUUCGUUACUUGCCUUGUAUGCACUGCUACCAUAAGGACUGUGUGGAUGAGUGGUUGAUGCGCUCGUUUAGCUGUCCAUCUUGCAUGGAACCCGUUGACUCAGCUAUGUUAUCAUCGUUUGCUACACAUACACUUCGAGGUUUAGAGACAUUGGCUUGUUCUCCGGCUACAUCUGGUAUACAUCAUAGUCUACCGCCUACGUAG